GAGCCAGCUACUUUGUUCGUUGGUAGAUUGUCGUGGAACAUCGACGAUGAGUGGUUGAGAAGAGAAUUCGAACCUCUUGGUGGUGUUAUUUCUGCCAGAGUCAUCAUGGAAAGAGCAACAGGUAAGUCCAGAGGUUACGGUUACGUUGACUUCGACAGCAAGUCUGCUGCUGAAAAGGCUCUUAACGAAUACCAGGGUAGAGAAUUGGACGGUAGACCAAUCAACUUGGACAUGUCGACUGGUAAGCCACAUGUCACCAAGAGCACUGAAAACAGAGCCAAGCAAUACGGUGACACUCCAUCUGCUCCAUCUGACACUCUUUUCAUUGGUAACUUGUCCUUCAACGCUGACAGAGACAACUUGUUCAACAUCUUCGGUGUACACGGUACCGUCAUCUCCUGUAGAAUCCCAACCCACCCAGACACCCAACAGCCAAAGGGUUUCGGUUACGUCCAAUUCUCGUCUGUUGACGAAGCCAAGGCCGCUAUGGAAGCCUUGAACGGUGAAUACAUCGAGGGCCGUGCUUGUAGAUUAGACUUCUCCACUCCAAAGGACCCUAGUUCCUCGGGUAACAGAGGUGGUUUCGGAGGCAACAGAGGUGGUUUCGGCGGAAACAGAGGUGGUUUCGACGGAAACAGAGGUGGCUUCGGCGGUCGUGAAAGAUCGUCUACCCCAACCCCAACCAGAUCUGGUCCUAAGACCGCCGAGUUCAAGGGUACCAAAAAGACCUUUGACUAA